AAUUAAAUACAAAAAGCAAAUAUGUCUGACAUUGAUUUGGGAUUUGCCGAGGAAUGUGAGCCAGAAUGGUUGACCAAUGCCAAUUUCCCCAGCAAGAUCGGCGGGAAACCAGCUUGGUUACAUUUGGGAGAUCUACCAAAAACCGAAACCCUCCGUUGUCAGAAAUGUGGAAAGCCUAAGAGCUUUCUCUGUCAAGUUUAUGCGCCAUUUGAGGAUGAUCAUAAUUUCCAUAGAACAAUUUUUCUUUUCGUUUGUCGGACUGAAUCGUGCUAUGUCGCCAAUGAUAAUGACCAGUGUAUAACUGCGUUGCGCAGUCAACUACCUAUGCGCAACAGUUUUUAUUCCGAAAUACCACCGGAUGAUGGAGUAGCAGCACCUGAAGUACUGCCACCCACAACAAAAUUAUGUGCAACGUGCGGUUGCCUUGGUACACAGUUGUGUAGUCGUUGCAGAAAAAUUAAUUAUUGUGGACCUGAACAUCAGCGCCUUCAUUGGAAAUAUCACAAACUUCAGUGUUCUGCGGAGAAAAAUGCCGAGGGAAUUAAAUCAGCCCCCGAAGUCACAAUUAAGGAAGUUAUUUUUCCUGAACUGGAAAUUUGUAUGAAUCCAGACGAUGAAAGUGUGGCCGAUGUUGACGAAAACUCCAGUAAAGUUGAAGUGAAUGAAGAAGAACAGUUGCAGGAGUUAGACAAGCUGAUUAGUUUGGGAAAAGCAGGUCAGUUCCAGAACUUGCCCGAGUCCGAGUUGGAAAAGUAUACAAGCGGAUGUGAAGAAGUCGAUGAUAAAGAUUUUCGUAAAUUCCGAAAGGAGUGCGCCAAAGCUCCGAGACAAGUUAUCCGAUAUAUGCGAAAGGGUGCACCAUUGUGGAUAGCAAACACGGAUAAAAUAAAACAAACGCUUGACAACAUACCACCAUGCAGCAUUUGUGGUUCUCCACGCGAAUACGAAUUUCAAAUAAUGCCACAAAUGCUAAACUAUCUGGCUGAUUCAAACUUGGAUUGGGGAGUUUUAGCCGUUUAUACGUGUCCCAAAAGUUGUCCUCUGCCAGAGGGAAAAGGCUACACAGAGGAGUUUGUCAUAAAACAGGAUAUCGUAGUAGAUAGCGACAAGAAGAACCUUUAGUCAUUUAGUAGUUUAUUAUGCAAUAAAGAUCAUGUCUGUUCAUAA